GUCCGGCGCGCCGCCGAAGCCGCCGGGAGAAGCGCCAGUGCCCGCAGCAAUGGCGGUGGAGCCGCGCUGAGACCGUGUUCGUCUACUGCCGAGCCGUGCGUGUGUGUGUGUGUGUGUGCGCGCGCGCGCGCGCCGACGGAGCGUGCGGGAAGCCUGGUUCAUCGCUCGUCGGUGGUGUGUCGUACUCCGCGAAUAAGUGCCGGCCCAUGCGUCCUCGGCCGGCGGUAGCAUCAUGCCUUCCCGCGAGCUGUCGACGAGCGUGAUGAGCGGCUCGUGCCCUACCGUGGGGCCCGACUGGGUCGCGGCGAGGGUUCGCGAGCCAGCGGCGCCGGAGUCGGCGCUGCUCCUGCUCGACUGCCGGCCGCCCGACCAGUUCGCGCGGUGCCGGUUGCGCGGCGCGCUGGGCGUCAGCCUUCCGGCGUCGCUGCUCGUGCUGAGGCGACUGUCCAACGGCAAGUUGUGCGUCUCGAGCGUCCUCAGGGACGCUCGGCAGCGAGAUGCUUUCGAGGCGUGUUACCGCCAACUGCCCAUCGUGCUCUACGACGCGGACGGCAGCUACGCCGACGUUCAGGUCACCGGAGUGCUCGUUCAGCGGCUCCGCCAAGAUGGCUGUCAGGUGUCUUGCCUGCAAGGCGGCUUCUCGGAGUUCCACUCGCGCUACCCGGAGUGGUGCGACAGCGGCGAGCCGCAGGAGCCCGGGCCCGGCUCCUCCUCGCCCCCGGGGAGCGCCGCCAACCCGGGGCCCGUGUCGGUGACCACGACGCGCGCCCUGCUGGGCCUGGAGACGCUGCGCAUCUCGACCGAAUGUGGCUCGCCCAAGGACCCUCGCGACGACCCGGACCGCUGCGACAGCGGGCUGGCCCGCGACGACAGCCCCGGGGGCGCCGACCCGCCCUUCCCGGUGCAGAUCGUGCCCUUCCUCUACCUCGGCAACGAGGAGAACUCGCUGGACCUGGACUCGCUGGAGCGGCACAACAUCCGCUACGUGCUCAACGUCACGCACAACCUGGCCAACGCGUUCGAGGGCCGAGGCCUCAAGUACAUGAAGAUCCCCAUCGAGGACCACUGGUCGCAGAACCUGGCAUCUUUCUUCCCGCAGGCCAUCGCCUUCAUCGACGAGGCGAGGCAGAAGCGCGUCGGGGUCCUGGUGCACUGCCUGGCCGGGGUCUCGCGCUCGGUGACGGUGACGCUUGCCUACCUGAUGCAGAAGCACAAGCUGCCGCUCAACGAGGCGUACGACCUGGUCAAGAAGCGCAAGGCCAACAUCGCGCCCAACUUCAACUUCCUCGGCCAGCUGCUCGACUUCGAGCAGCUGCUCGACCUGCGGCCCCAGCGGUGCGGCUGCUGCCACACGCCGUGCCGCUGCCGGCGCGCGCUCCACUUCACGUCCCCGACGCGCACCACGCCCGACUCCGGCAUCGACCUGGACCGGUGGACGUAGCGUGAGGCCCGCGGGGGCAGCCGCUUCCAGUUCGCCCCCGCGGUCACGCCCGACGAGCUCGAGCCCGUGCUCGAGCCGGCGUCGGAAGAGGACGACGAAGAGGCCGGCGCAGCGGCCUCGCCCGCCGCCGGAAGCGGCCACCGGCAGCCGCGGGACGGCUGCGGAGCCGUCUGAGUCGUCGCAAGGGCCUUCCCGAAGUCAGCGCAGCCCUGGGUCCCCGAAUGGUGGAGCCACCGGCGAAAGCCCUCGCCCGCCUCCUUUCAAACCCUGGUUGCAGAUGCAAUGAAGAGAACAACAACAAAAAACAAAAGUGGGCUCCAAACUCGGGGAGAACAUCUGCUCUAGCGGAUUUCCAUGUGCUGCGGGUUCGAAAAGUAACUGUGCAGUAGAAAUCGUGGUAAUGCUGUUUCAAGUUUUGGUUGCGGCAGUGCAGUGACAAUACGAGAUGCUCAGUAUGUCCACCACCGCCUUGAAGACAGGUCUACGCACAAUGCUGCAUGUUGUUAAACAUUUGCUGGGGGGUUUAUGGUGGGUGGCUGUCUGUGGCAAUAUGUGAGGAUUGUUCGAAUGCACCCAUUCUUUGAGUGCACCCCACAGACAUCACACAAACCAAAGGUCUUGCGUUAUAAUAUUGCACGUGAAACUGCAAUGUCAUUCACAAUUAUCAUAAUAAAAAUUAUAGGGUUUGACGUGCCAAGACCACUUUCUGAUUAUGACUCCGGAAAUGUAUUGGGGGACUCCGGAAAUGUGGACCACCUGGGGUUCUUUAAUGUGCACCUAAAUCUAAGUACACAGGUGUUUUCGCAUUUCGCCCCCUUCGAAAUACGGCCACCGUGGCCGGGAUUCGAUCCCGCGACCUCGUGCUUAGCAGCCCAACACCAUAGCCACUAAGCAACCACGGUGGGUCAUUAUCAUCAUAUUUUUUCAAAUUUUCUCUACUGCACGGUUACUCUUUGGACACCGAGUACUAGUCCUGUGAAAGAACUGGGUGCCUUACCACGGCCACCGGUUAGUUCAAGAUAAGUAGACAAGAGCCAACAUUUGCCGAGAUGACUGGCGGUGGGAAAUAGAUGUUCGUAGCAAACUGCUGGAAAAUGUCUGCUCUCCGAGUCUGUGCCAGGAGCCCCUUGUGCACAUCCGGGCCUAUUAGGUGGUGCAACCAUGUCUACCAACUGUGCUGAUGAAGUUUCGAGGCUAAAGAUUUCCAACACAAGGGAAGUGUGCUGACAACCCUUGUACAAGUUCAGUGCCAUGUAAGCACUUGCUUCAGUCAGGCAAGACUUGACUAGGUUAGGCUCCAGUUUGUGCCAAGUAUGAACUCGGCAUUGGCAGUGACCCAGAGGUAGUUUCCCCUUGUGUGUAUUACACUGGACAUACAUGUCCUGGAAUACUUAUUACUAAAAUUUAAGUUUGAUGUCUUGCAGCCUCUAUUAUUCUCAAACCCUUACUUUCCAAUUCCAAUGCAGAACUCAGUAAUCACAUGUUAAAUGGAAUGCUAUGGAAACAAAAAAAAUAAUUUCUUUAUUAUCAAAAGACAUUUCCUGUUCAAUACCAUUGUAUGUGAAAGAUGCUCACAAUGUCCCAGUAAAUAUUUGGUUUGUGAGUUCAGUGUGCAUUAAUUUGUAACGCCUUUGAUCGUUGCCACACACAAGCACUGAUAGGCAAACUGUCACAAAGAAGGAAAUAAUUUUUCCCAGUGAGUAUGCAAAGUAAGAUUGUGAAAAACCAAGGCAAGCAGUAUGCAUUUUAUCAGUGAGGCAAGCAUGACAUUUAAAUUUUUGGCAUUGUGUUGGGAUCUCCUGGGUACCUGCCAUGUUCGUAGCAAGUACAAAGUGACUGCUCAGCUAGACCACUGUGCCAGCUGGUUUUGAAAGUGUGGACCAUAAAAAAAUGCCUUCAAAGGCAACUUUCAUGGCCUCCCCAGGGCAUUCCAGGGAAGCAGUUCGUGUCACCAGCAAGACAUUGGUUGCUUGUAGCAACUUCACUCAGCCAGGUACUGUGAGGCCACUAGCUGCAAAGUGAUCAGGUCAGCUGUGUUGACGUGAUGUCUUCAUGUGAGGAAUGUAUAAAGCUGCUCAAUGCUUGGCCUGUCUGCAGCAUAAAAGUCCUGAACUCUGGUGACAGUCUAUGAGACUCCAACAUGACGCCCAAGCUCCGGAAAGUGUAGUAUGUCUGCUCUCUGUUCCUGUGCUUUUGGCCUGUCAACGUGGUUCACAUGCAAGGGACCCGUGAAACACAAGUUUGAUACUACUGCAGUUGUCGUUUGCUAUAGCUAUGAACUGGCACAUGUUAAGAGUUCAACUUACAGACGAGGCAUGUUAGCAUGUGUUGUUCUUCAAUGCAAAAUGAAGCAGUGCUACUACCCUGGUUCUUCAUUGAUGGUGGCUGUAUGGUUUGUAAGAGGCAGUGCUGAAGGAUUGUGCUUAUGCCAAGGGCUUCUCGUUGGAAAGAUAACUGCUUUUUAGACUGGUAGGUUUCCUGUACGAAAUCCUCAGUCACAGCCCAAACCUUUUGCAGGCUGGUGAGAAAACAUCUGCAUGUUCCUAAAGAUUUGAUCUUGGCAGUGCAAUCUUUCUUAUAAUGUUACCAGUGUUGUGGGCUGGGUUUGUGUGACAUGCUUCCCAUGUUGCUGCUUCGGUAUGACAAGGUAACCUAAUUUACAGAACCUUCACUGACCCAUUUAUAUGUUUCAGCAUGUUUUAGAUAGCGAGAUGCAAACUUUUGCCUCAAAGGCUUUUUUAUGGGAUGUGCAAAUUUUACAAGCUGUUUACACAUUGGUUGACUGUGUUUAAAAAUGUCUUCCUGGUUCGGCCUUUCAAAGCUGAAGAGUGCAUUCUUGGAUGAAGCCAACAAUAAUUUCAAGCAUUUAAUGCAAGCAAAGCUUUGCCAUUCUGGCAAUUUUUGUGAGGGUAAGCAAAAUGGAAAGCCUUCCAUUGUCGAGGACAAGCAAUACACACAUAUACAUCUUUUGUCUAAGGCUAACCAGUCCUGGUGCCAGCUGUAUUAUAUUCAGCCAUAAUCUCGCACUCAUGUUGACAUGUACCUUUGAUAGACCAGCACAUCAUACUCUAGACUUGACAUGCAGGAACCUCCAACUUCAGUUGUCUUCCUUCUCUGUGCCAAACAGUGGCACUGAGCAGCAGUGUGGCAAUGUGAGAACAUGUUUUCUUAUUGGUAGGUGUGCAGCCCUACCCACUCUUCACCUAAAGAUAUCAGGAACGAACCUAUUUCCUUGCAACAUUUUAUCAGUGCAAUAACUUUUAUAUUCUUUUUCUUACCACCAAAGUAUGGCACGUAAUCAUCAUACGUAUACAAUUGGUGAAGUCCAUUUUUCCCCUGCAACCUGGUGCAUGAGUAACGGCAUUGAAACCUUAGUGCCGCUGAGGAAAGAAAGCAUAUAGCAAAAAAGUAAACUGUAGAAGAAUAGGUCUUUUUCUGCUCAGAAGUUUUACCAAGUUUGCGAGCAUUUGUGUUUUAGGGAAAGAAAUCGUGCAAAUGCAUCAUUUAUUGUUUGUAGAUGGCAACAUGGGAAGCCCUAUUUCACUGCCCAGCCCACCCAUCAUUGUUUUUAUCCUGUAAAUAGCAUCACUCAUUACGUUACAUCUGUAUAUAGUGUACAUAAGUGAAUUGCACAAUGUUAUGUAUGUUGUUCUUUCGUUUUCUUUAAAAGCACGCUGCCACAUCCCUACAGUCUUUGCAGGGAAGUUGGUCGCACGUUGAACGCAUACCGUUGACCAUAGGAACUCUUCCUUCCAAACCUGAUUGUUUGUUGCUUUGUUGUUGAUGCACACUUUACUGUUGAUUCAUUUGUUAGUGCAACCAUGUGCAAACAAGAUGAACAGUAUGAAGAGCCUGUUACGCAUUGCAAUGAGGAAGGUGGAUUAUGAAAUUCAGGGCGCUAAGUCAUGUGGUGCGGGAGCUCAGUGAAGGGCAUAAGCAGCGAAAUCCUCCUGAGAAGUGAGCAGGUAAUUUUUAUCCUUCAAAUUGUGUAAAGUUGAAUUUGGUGCUGCUGAUGUAGUAGUGGCUCUCACGAGCUGCCAUUAAAACUGGUUUAAGCCAGCUACAAAGGAUAAACUUGAGUUUAUAUACGAAAGUCUUGUCAAACUGCUUCCGAUGUCUAAGUUCGGACAGACUUGUCAGAUUUCUCCCUGUUCAGUCACUCACCUUGUCACAUGUUUAACACAUCUUGUCUCCCAUACUUAAUUGGUUUUCCUGUUACCUAAUUGUGUGCAUGACCUGAAUUUAAUGUCUCCAAAGGUAGCAGUUUAUUAUCCACUAAGCAGUUCAUGCAUGUCAACACCAGUACCACCUCUGAGAAAGCAAUGCCUUGUGCAGUUUACCAGACUGGUCUGCUAUCAGUAGCCUGCCACAUGCUCUAGCCCCAACUUGCUCAUUCUCCAGCUCGUACCGCGGCUGAAAAAAGAAAAGUUUGCCAGAGGAAACGAUCAUCUCUCGAAGUAUAUAUGGAUGCACUGGCUAUUCUUUUGAUGGUUCUCCACCGCAUAGGGCAAGCAAAAUAGCUUUGUACUGUGACCAAUAGAGAUCUCGUCUUCUUGUAGUUAAAUGAAAGGCACAUGGCUGAAGCUGGUUGCAACUUGUAGUAUCCAGUACAGAAACUAGUAGCGCGCAUCUUGUGGUGCACCCUGUUUUAGACCUUUUCACAUUACUUGCUGUUAGUGGCACGAAAGCGUACGUAGGCCUCCCUCAGCUUUUCGCUCUACUACAUAAGUGCUAAUCGGCCUCUCAUAAAGUACAAACCUUUCUCCUAUUUGUUUGCCGUUUUUCUUGCCCUAAGUAUUCGCACACACUUCAAGGUCGACGCGGUGGUCCUCUGGGCCGCCUGGCACGUUUGGCUAAGGAAACAAGCUUUGCCGAUUGCUUUGCGCAGUUCGAGAGAUGGUCGUAUGCGAGAUAUAUUCGCACGCCUACCCCGACGCUGACCCUCAUCGUCAUUUGCAUGUAACGAUCUUGCGUGUAACGAUCAGUAACGAUCUUGGCCGAAUUGUGCGAUUAUUCGUUAAUAGAACGCUGUGGCCUACCUAACAAAGACGGUGCGUACUGGCACGAACAAAUUGUUUCGAAAAGAAAAGAAGGCAAUUCAAACGAGCCUAAAGGCGUGCACCAUCCCUCGUACUGGAUCCACUGGAUCCAGCGGACCGAAAACGGUGGGGUUCCCUCCGUUGUAGAUGUUGCCGCACUUCCCUACCUUGCUCGCUUAAGCAGCCGCGUAGCGCAGAGCCCUGUGGCGGUCACAGUUGCGAAGCUUCCGUUGAUUGAAAUUUUCUCCUUUUCCCGGUUUGUCGCGAAAGUGGUAGCCACUGUAUGCACAGAUUACGCAGUCGCCAGUUGUGAAAAAUAUUUACUUGCAAUAUAGACAGCUCGAUCUAAAUUUGGCGCACGGUGGAAUGUUGAAGUGCACAAGGUCUGGUCGGAAGAACCCUAUCUAACGAACAGCGAGUCGAAAUCCCUUAUUACGCGCGGGUAUGAACAUUGCAACUGUGUUCGCUAGCGCGUUCUCAGCGGCUGGCGGUAAACCAAGAGAUGCGUGUCGUUUGCAAAGAUGAAGCAGGUGCAUUUUGUCAGUUUGUGGCCUCAUUUUCUCGAGAGAUUCACGGCAGGCUCGCUUUGAUAUUGCCUCAGUGAUGGCGAAAGCGGUGGCUUCUGGUACAACCACCCAGUCUUGUGUGGGGGCCAAUCUUUGUUAAACGCGUGCUACCACUGCAGCGUGGUUUGUUGUGCGCCGUGUUUGUGGACUGUUACGUGCGGAAGCCGAGCAGACAGCGCUGCGAGUUAAUCUUCGUUAAAGACGUUUGAAAAGUGGGAAAUUUCGCCCUACCUAAAUCGCAACUAGCUGAGCUCCUUGCUCAUUAAGGCGCGACAAGGUGCGGCCUACUGCCGUAAGCAACUCUGCCAGCGAGGCGACCGAGGACUUGAGCCGCAACCACAUGGAGCUUAUUUUGUGACGUACAUUCGGCGUCUCAGAGGAGUUAAUUUCGCGACGCUAACAGCAACCAAAAUGCGUGCCACCGAGAGUACUGGUUUACUUUUGAAACGCGCCGAACAUAUCUGGGCCAAGAACAUAGCGCUGUCGUUGCGCAACGUGACAUGAUGUUCGACGGCGACGCCGUGUAUACGCCUAAAAUGCGUUCCAUCUGGUUCCCGCCAAAAGGCCUAGCGUUCCCGCGAAGGUUCUCUCACAGCCCACAGUGCGGGGCGUGUGCCGCCGUUUGACUCGUUGGUGCAUUCGACGCCGUCUGGUCAGAACUCGUGCCAAAACCGUGUGUAGAGAAGCGCGUCGGGUGCGUAGGUUUACUGGGAGUCUGCCUCGUUUAGCGUGACUCAAGAGGACACGAGAAGCGCGACUUGUAUGUAGCCCUUCCUUUCUCCCAUCUUUGGUUCAGUAGAGCGGACUUGAUGUUUCACUGGCUUCCAAAAAAGAAUGGGGCGAGGCGGGGGAAGAGGGUGCCAACCACACCCAUUCAACUCCAUGAAAAUUUAUAGACUAUCCGCAACUCACGUCGAGUUGAUACGACUAGAGAAACAGCCCCUUUGACGCAGCUGCAAUGAAAAUACCUCGAGCAGUGGACGCACCUUGGCGUCAGCAAAUCUUGUGGGACCAAACGUGCUGGUUUUCUGUAUCGCUCGACGCCUAGCUUGGGAACCUGAAGUUACGCGUUUUUCAUUUUUUUUUCUUUAACGCCUCUACUACCGUUCUCACUAGAAUUAAAUCCACAGACAGUCGUCGUAAACCAUUUGUUUUUUUUUCUUUUUCGGAAGAUCCAUCCUUCGGCUUUCUUCCCCGAUGUCGAUUUGUAGAUGCGGCGCGCCUCGUCCCCGUGGAGAGAUCAAGUGCGGGCUGUAACCUCGGUCGCCUCGACAAGCUAGUGCUUCCGCGCAGUGCAGAGAAACAGUUUAGGACGUUGAGCUAGCAGCACCCUCUCACUGUCAAAAAGAAAAACAAGAGGGAAAGGAGCAUUGAACCGCUUUCCCAACCUCCUCUUUGUUACGCGUUCCUGUGUUUGAAGGCAACUGCAGUCUAUCAUUGGAUUGUCACUUCGCUCUCUGACUGCCAAAACAACGCCGGAGUCGUUAUCCCUCGGCGGCGCUCCUCUUUUCGUUCAUCUUAUCAAAAUGUGAUAACAAAUCAGCGCGUGCUAUAUAUAUAUGUAUAUGUAUGUUUGUUCUGUACAUUUCUCCCCGUUCCGCGCUCCUUUGUUCGCUGUUACAAAGAAAAAAAAAAAUGAAAGCCUGUGCCUGUUGUGCAAAAACGCAUAGACUCGCGAAAGAAAGAAGGUGUGCGCCGUUGUGUUUGGAAUGAGACUGGAACGAGUGUUUUGUGGAUCCCCGCAGUCGGCCCCCCUGUGUUGGCGGGGGCCUUGCGGAAAGGGAGCCUGUUAUAAUCUCGGAGAUAUUUCCAUAUACAUCUGGAAAGCCAAUAAAAUGUCCAUAUUUUUCAUGAACAUACUGA